AUGACAUAUGACCCGAUCGAGAUUCGCUCGCAACUUCUGAGCAUUCUCCUGGCUGGCCGUGAUACAACCGCUUCCCUACUCAGCUGGACCAUCCUGCUGUUGGCGCGCUACCCUGACGUCUUCCGCAAACUACGCGAAACGAUCGUCUCCGAGUUUGGCACCUACUCUGCGCCCCAGAAUAUCACCUUCGCCACCCUCAGAUUCUGCCAGUACCUGCAGUAUUGUAUGAACGAAACCUUGCGUAUCUAUCGGGUUGUCCCCUUUAACUGGCGCUCUGCCACCCGCGACACCUCUAUCUCGCGCGGCAGUGGUUCCGACGGUCUUUCCCCUAUCGUCAUCCGAAAGGGAGAACACAUCAUGUACGGCACGCACGUCAUGCACCGCUGUAAGGAGCUCUGGGGCCCCGAUGCCGAUGAGUUCAAGCCCGGGCGCUGGGCCAACCGCAAUAUCGGCUGGGAGUAUAUCCCCUUCAACGGCGGGUCUCGCAUCUGUAUUGGUCAGCAGUUCGCACCUGCGGAGACUGGCUACGUCCUUGUGCGUCUGUUGCAGCGCUUCGAUCAGAUCGAGGAUGUCAAUCUAGACUGGGAGAUACGCUGCGGGUUGACGCGAAUCAGCUCCCUGGCGGAGGUAGUGACGGUACGUCUGCAUGAGGCAACGGAUGCUUCGGUAGGGAAAUAA